CAGAUCUUUUUUGUAGUCCAUCUCCUGGACGUUGUAGUUCCACCGUGCAGACUGACCUCACUAACAUGCCGUCGCAUCAUAACUACGUAGUUUGGUGAGAGUGGAGUCUGAUCCUCUUUUCCUAACUCCUCAUGAACUCUCCUUCCCAUCUCUCCUUGACCCCGUGACGUGUUCCCCAGAGGUCAAGGAGAAGUGGUUAGGAAGCGACGUUAGGAGGUCACUAUCUGACUGUUGGACUGUGACCUUCUGUGUCCGUCUCCAGGAGAAAUGCUGAGACUGUUGGUGAAGCAGAGACUCCAGGCGGCUUCUGAACACACUCUGGGGCUGAUUGACAGAUUCACAGCAGAUUAUGAGGAGGAAGUUUCUCGUUUGAGGGAAAAUGAGCGACACAAACUCCUGGAGGCCGUGUUCAACCCUCGAGUUCAGCUGCACAGAUCAGAUGUCCAGCAGCUGGUUUGGAUUAAACCAGAUGUCCCCCCUGAGGACCAGAACCAAGAGGAGCUGGAGCCCCUCCUCAUAAAAGAGGAGCCGGAGCCCCUCCUCAUAAAAGAGGAGCUGCAGGAUCUCUGGACCCGUCUAGAGGGAGAUCAGCUCAUUGUGCUGGAGGAGGCCGAUAUCACCAAGUUCUUAUCCACUGCUGUUACUGUGAAGAGUGAAGAUGACGAACCUCAGACCUCACGGCUUCAUCAAAGCCAGACGGAGGACAACAAAGAGGCGGAGCCUCCCGCCUGCAGCUCAGCUACGACAAUAAAGACGGAAACUGAUGGAGAGGACUGUGGGGGAUCAGGACCAGACAGGAACCUAAAUCCACAUCGUCAUUCACAUCCAAAUGCUGAUGAUGAAGAGGCUUCAGACUCUUCUGAGACUGAGGUCAGUUGUGGUGAUUGGCAAGAAGCUUUGUCAGAUUCUGGACCUGACAGUGAAGACGGGGACAAUGUCUGGAAGGAGCCCAGGGCACCUGAGUCUGCUGCACAUGCCCUAAAAUAUAAGGAAGCUCUUGUAAGUCAUGUGGGAUGUAACACCGGCAACAAAUCCAAUGAAUCACGAUCAAAAGAGCUCAUGAGAGAGAAAGCAAGGUGUGAUGAUUAUGGGAAAAGAUUUACACACCAGGGACAUCUGAAGAGACACGUUAGAAUCCACACAGGAGAGAAACCAUUCAGUUGUGAUGUUUGUGGAAAAAGAUUUACACAACAGGGACAUCUGAAGACACACAUGAGAGUCCACACAGGAGAGAACCCAUUCAGUUGUGAUGUUUGUGGAAAAAGAUUUACACACCAGGGACAUCUGAAGGAACACAUCAGAGUCCACACAGGAGAGAAACCAUUCAGUUGUGAUGAUUGUGGGAAAAGAUUUACAAAACAGGGAGAUCUGAAGCGACACAUGAGAGUCCACACAGGAGAGAAACCAUUCAGUUGUGAUGUUUGUGGAAAAAGAUUUUCACGACAGGGAGAUCUGAAGCUACACAUGAGAGUCCACACAGGAGAGAAACCAUUCAGUUGUGAUGUUUGUGUAAAAACGUUUGUAUCACAGCAAGGUCUGAAGAAACACAUGAGAGUCCACACAGGAUAGAAUGUGUUUCUUCCAAUAGCGACAAAUUAACUAUGUGAGUUGUUCUCUUUCUGUUGUGUUUAAUAAAAAUAAGGUAAUUUUUAAAAAAUUGUUUCCCAUGUAAUUUGUUUGUAAAUGAGAUGGAAGGCAAAGUGUUUUUUAAUCAUUUGA